ACCAGCUGACUAGCUGUUUGCAGGGUAUCUCGGCCUGUUGCUGGGAAGCUGCAGCUCGACCCUUGCAGUCUGAUGCCUGGGCAUUUUAGUCAGAGGGAAGCAGGUUCUGGUCCAGUUCUUGGUGUGAACCCUUACCCUGUUUGUGAAAAUGUCGUCGCUUGAACCGGGCGGAACCUUCAGUCACCUCAAUAAGUUUGAGAAACUGUCGUGGAGGCCCUCCAUCCGCGACUCAGGCUCCAAGAAGCGAGCACGAUGGCUUCAGGCUCGACGCAUCUUCACCCCGAACGGCCCCAACCUCCGGAUCCCCAACAGGUUCCUGAGAGAAGGACACUGUAUACCUCCUGCCCGUAGUGGACACCGCUGUGUUGCAGACAGCUCUAGCUUGUAUGUGUUCGGAGGUUACAACCCCGACUUUGAGGAGGCAGGCGGAUCAGAGAAUGAGGACUACCCUCUCUUCAGGGAGCUCUGGCGGUUUCAUUUUGCUACAGCCACCUGGCAGCAGGUCCGCACAGAGGGCUACAUGCCCACAGAGCUGGCGUCCAUGUCGGCUGUCUUACAUGGAAACAACUUGCUUGUGUUUGGUGGCACCGGGAUUCCCUUCGGGGAAAACAACAGCAACGACGUCCACGUCUGCAACGUCCAGUACAGACGAUGGAACCUGCUGAACUGCAAGGGGAAGAAACCGAAUAAGAUCUACGGACAAGCGAUGGUCAUUAUAAACGGCUACCUGUACGUGUUUGGAGGCACAACGGGCUACCUUUACAGCACUGACCUGCACAGGUUGGAUCUGAGCACCAGAGAGUGGACCCACCUCAAACCCAAAAACGUGCCGUCUGAUCUUCCUGAGGAGAGGUACAGACACGAGCUGGCUCAUGACGGACAGAGAAUAUAUAUUUUAGGAGGUGGAACCUCCUGGAUGUCAUAUCCAUUAGAUAAGAUGCAUGCGUAUAAUCUGGAGACCAAUUACUGGGAAGAAAUAGUAACCAAACCCCAUGAAAAAAUUGGUUAUCCUGCUGCUCGCAGAUGUCACAGUUGCGUUCAGGUCAAAGAUGACGUGUUUAUAUGUGGAGGUUAUAACGGCGAGCUCAUCCUGUCCGACCUGUGGAAGAUAAACCUUCAGACCUUUCAGUGGACGAAGCUGCCCGCCGUCAUGCCGGAACCGGCUUACUUUCACUGCGCCGCAGUCACUCCGGCUGGCUGCAUGUACGUCCACGGCGGGGUUGUCAACAUGUCUGGGAACCGAAGGACUGCCUCUCUGUAUAAAGUGUGGCUGGUGGUGCCCAGCCUGCUGGAAAUGACCUGGGAGAAACUGUUGAGAACGUUCCCUCACUUAACGCAGCUGUCCGCCCUUCAGCUGCUGAGCCUGGGACUGACGCAUUCACUAAUUCAGAGGCUCAAAUAGACUGCACAAAAACUGACUGAAAGUUGGUUGUGAGUAGGUCUGAAACGGCUUGGUGAUGAGAUAUAUGGAAAAAUACUUUGAUACUCUGUGUUUUUGUUGUUCUUAAAAUACACUUGAGCUUAUCUGUCAGAAAUCCAAACGUCCAUCAGAGGCAGUCCAGAUUUUAAGCUGUAUGCACAUGUAAAACUUGACGUAUAAUUUAAAGCACAUUCCAUUGUCCCAGAAACAUGUAGAGAAACAGUUAACAGGUGUGCAAGUAGUGUUAAUUUUAACACUGCUGUUUACCGAACUUGCUGCAGAGUUGAAUCUGAUGAGGCUCCUCAUUUUGACUACGUUUUCCAACAGAUGAAAUCUGUAGCUGGUUUGUGAAUGUUUGGUUAGGAAGCAGUUCUCAGAAAAUAACUCUUUCCUCUGAAUGUACAGGACUGGCGUAUAUCUGAGAUGCCUUCAGAGAGCUCUGAUUGGGGCAGUUGUUUAAGAUGACUGAGGAGUUCAGACCGAAAAACGAUCCAUUCAUUGAUCACAUCUUGCUUCUCUGAUCAGAGGAAAACCCGGCGACCUGUUUUUAAAGGCUCACUGUGAAACCUCUGGUGCCUCUACAAUCCCCUCUUAUCUUCAAGGUUCCUACACAUUUUCCAGUUCAGAUUUCUACACUUUUGCAGGCUCAAAUUUCCAAAUUAUUCUUGCAGUGUUUCAAACUUUAACAUCUUUCAAACAUCUUAGUGGAAAACGUUUUCCUGGACAAUUAGGAACAAUACAAAGCUGAUGUAUUCUCCCCAUUCUGCAGUGCAGUAAAGGGAUAUUCCAAUACUUUUUUGGCAUCUAGACUAAUUUAGAUCAGCUCAUAGGACUAAAUACCAAUUCUUUAAAGCACAAUUUCUAAUCUUUAAUACUUUAUUUUGUUCCAAGGCUUCAUUUGCUGAGAUCUAAACCAAACUUGGUUUAAAACCUAAAGGUCUAGUUUUCUAGAAUCCACAGAAGCAACGAAAUGAACCUUUUUGAUUCAGUAUAUUUAUUCUUGGGCAACUCAAAAACAAAAAUUGUUUAAAAUGUCUUUUAAUGAUAUUUUAGAAAAUAGAAGAAAAACGUCUGGAAACUCAAAAGAUUUUUCCAUUCUCAAUUUUCUGUUUUCCAAACUUUUUAAGCCACUGUGGGCACUCAGUGUCUUUGUUAGGACUACUGUGGCGCUACACAGUAGUCGACAACUAUUUUCCUUUACGCAUCUGGUGCCUUUUGGUCCCCAAAUCGCUGAUUAUUCAAACUUGUUUUUUUUAUUUGUUAGAAAGUAAAUGAAUUGUUGCAUAUUUUGAACCAUGGUGAUGGUGCUCUACACUGGAGCCUUUAGAUGCUGGUCCUGAUUCAUCAGGAAGAACUCCAGCAGACUGUACAUACACUUUUUAUAUAUUUAUUUCAAAUGCUGUGCUGCUCAUUUUAUCAGUUUUUGAAAACAUUUCCUGUACCAGUUGCCUCUUUUUCCUGUUCAUAUUACAGCUUUUAUAUUGUAACAUACUUUAAUUUUUAUUAUUUCUUUUCUUCUUGGUAUCUUAAGCUGGUGUGUAACUUCGCAGAACGAGUCCUAGUCCGAGUGUGUAAGAUGUACUCAGGAUAUAAAAAACUGUGACAGAUGUGAAGUGCUCUGCAGACAAACCAAAUGUACGAACACCUGCAGGUAUUUUGGAGAUACUGUGCUGAUACCUCCAGACAGGCCUUUAUUUGCCAGAUGUUGAUUUAAAUUUUGUUUCACAAAACUGUUAUUGUUAUAGUUUGAUGCUUUUGAAUUGUUUUAAUCCAUUUUUUCCCCAAAACAAUUUUCAUUGGUGAAUUUUUGACAAUUUGUGGCCUUUUAAAGCAACGUGCUUGAUAAAUGUAUCACCCUGUUUAGGUUUGCAUCCCUUCUCUUACUGAAAGUUAGAUCUUCUGCAUGCCGCUUUGUACAGGUUCUUAUAGAGAAGAAGUGAACGUAUCCUCAAAGGAAAAUCUGGCUGCAUUGUUUUGUAACUCUUAUUUUUCGGUCUGUGCAAACAAUAAAAACAGGCAGCUGUUGGUUGUUUUUAUAAAAAUCA